AGCAUCGGCCGCCCGCGACUAGCUCAACGUUUGUACUUUUUUUUUACCACUCAACUUUCUCAACAACCGGGUUGCUACGUAGUAUCCGUACGCCCGUUCAACGUUGAUCGCGCCCAGCCUGUCUGUUUUAAACCGUUUAUAAUAUUGUUCAAACCGUCAUCCCUAUUUUUUUAUUUUUAUUCAUUUCAAUGCGUUCACGUUAACUUCCCGUUUUCAUCGAGAAUCGCGCGCAAUUAUUAAUUUGUUUUAUUAAUAGUUUUUUUUUAUCACCCAAACCGUUGUCAUGGCCUACUGCAGAACGUUUAAAAAUCAGGUGCAGUGGACGAAGUUGGUGUCCGGCGAAAUCCAGCAGCGAUGCUUCCACUCGUCGCCGGCAGCUUUCAGCGCUUGCAAGGUGGCUAUGAGCAAGCUCGACACCAAGCCAUUGCCUUACGAGACGUUGGAGAAACGAAUUAAAAUCGUUUCUGACAGGUUGGGAAAACCAUUGUCUUUGGCUGAAAAAGUACUUUAUUCUCAUUUGGAUGAUCCCGUCAAUCAGGAAAUUGAGCGUGGUGUAACUUACCUGAAGUUGCGACCUGAUCGUGUAGCAAUGCAAGAUGCCACCGCACAAAUGGCCAUGUUACAAUUCAUAUCGUCUGGUUUGCCAACAGUCGCUGUUCCGUCCACAAUCCACUGCGAUCACUUGAUUGAAGCUCAAGUCGGUGGUGUGGAAGAUCUAAAACGCGCUAAAGAGAUGAACGAAGAAGUAUAUAACUUUUUGAAAACGGCCGGUGCAAAGUACGGAGUUGGAUUUUGGCAUCCCGGUUCUGGUAUCAUUCAUCAGAUUAUUCUCGAAAAUUAUGCUUUCCCAGGAUUAUUAAUGAUCGGUACGGACUCACAUACACCCAAUGGUGGUGGUUUGGGCGGUUUGUGUAUUGGAGUCGGUGGUGCUGAUGCCGUUGACGUUAUGGCUGACAUUCCGUGGGAACUCAAAUGCCCAAAAGUUAUCGGUGUUCAUCUCAGUGGUGAAAUGAAAGGCUGGACCACGCCAAAAGAUGUCAUCUUGAAAGUAGCUGACAUAUUGACUGUGAAAGGAGGCACAGGAGCUAUUAUUGAGUAUCACGGACCCGGUGUAGACAACAUUUCAUGUACAGGAAUGGGUACUAUUUGCAACAUGGGAGCUGAAAUAGGUGCGACUACUUCGAUUUUCCCUUUCAAUCAUCGUAUGGCCAGCUAUUUAAAGGCUACCUCUCGCGAAAAUAUUGCAGAGGAGGCUGCCAAAUAUAGUAAAUCAUUAUUAACUCCUGACCAGGGUAGCAAUUAUGAUGAACUCAUUGAAAUUGAUUUGAACACAUUAGAGCCUCAUGUAAAUGGUCCAUUCACUCCUGAUCUCGCCCAUCCCAUUACGAAACUUGGCAACAAUGCUAAAGAAAAGGAUUGGCCGCUUGAAAUUAAAGUCGGUUUAAUCGGUAGCUGUACCAAUUCGAGUUACGAAGAUAUGUCUAGAUGUGCUAGUAUAGCUAAAGAAGCAUUAGCACAUGGUCGCAAAUCCAAAAUCCCAUUUAACGUCACACCUGGAUCCGAACAAAUUAGAGCUACAAUCGAGAGAGACGGAAUUGCUCAAGUACUUAGGGAUUUUGGUGGUACCGUGUUGGCUAAUGCAUGUGGUCCGUGUAUUGGACAAUGGGAUCGUAAAGACGUCAAGAAAGGUGAAAAGAACACUAUUGUCAGCUCUUACAAUCGAAACUUUACUGGCCGUAAUGACGCCAACGCAGCCACUCAUGCUUUUGUCACUUCUCCUGAAUUGGUCACUGCUUUAGCCAUUGAAGCCCGUCUGGACUUUGAUCCUACUAAUCAGACAAUCAAAGGAGCCGAUGGCAAAGAAUUUAAGUUGAGCAAUCCAUUUGGAGCUGAAUUACCUGCUCAAGGAUUUGACCCUGGUCAAGAUACUUAUCAAGCACCUCCAGCUGAUGGCAGUGCAAUCAAUGUCGACGUCAGUCCGUCAUCUAAACGACUUCAACUUUUAGAACCAUUUAAGGUUUGGGAAGGCAAAGACUUGGAGGGACUUACUAUUCUCAUUAAAGUGAAAGGAAAAUGUACAACUGAUCACAUCUCUGCCGCGGGUCCUUGGUUAAAAUAUCGUGGUCACUUGGACAACAUUUCCAAUAAUAUGUUCUUAACUGCAACUAACGCUGAUAACAAUGAAAUGAACAAGGUUAAAAACCAAGUGACCGGUGAAUGGGGUGGAGUACCAGACACUGCUAGAGCUUAUAAAGCUAAAGGCGUACAAUGGGUUGUAUUCGGCGAUGAAAACUACGGUGAAGGAAGUAGCAGGGAGCACGCUGCUUUGGAACCUCGUCAUUUAGGUGGACGUGCCAUCAUUGUAAAAUCAUUUGCUCGCAUCCACGAGACUAACUUGAAGAAACAAGGAGUAUUGGCUUUGACAUUUGCCGACCCUAAGGACUAUGAUAAAGUUCAGCCAACCGAUAAAGUGUCUCUAAUUGGACUAACAGAAUUUGCACCUGGAAAGCCUUUAAAAUGUGUUUUAAAUCAUGCUGAUGGUAAAAAAGAUGAAAUAUUGCUUAACCAUACGUUCAAUGAACAACAAAUUGAAUGGUUCAAAGCUGGAAGUGCAUUGAAUCGCAUGAAACAAAUUGCUGCGUCCAAAUAAUUUUACAGCAGAUAAAGAGAUACGACUUUUUAUUUGUACUGUUUAUUAUUAAUUAUUUAUUGUUUAAUUUAAAAUGAAAAAAUCCUUUUAUGUAUAAAAAAAAUUAUUUAGUCAAAUUACUUAGACUUUAAUAAUUAUUGGAUUUAGGUCCGCCAAAACUAUUUGUUUAUAAAUAAUUGUAUUUUAAAAAAGUUGUUGUUAAUAAACUAAUUUUAAUAGUUUAAAA